UUUGAACGCUGCGGCGCGUUACCGAGGAAAAGUAACUUCACACGCAGCCCGUGAUCUUGUCGCGUCUCCUCUCUGUUUAUAAACACGUGUGUUUAAUGGCAUCGAGCUUCUCCCUGCACCUGAACCAUCACGCACGGCUUCUGUCCGCGUGCCUGCGAUGACCUGUAAACUCAACGGCCUGUUCAGCAUCGGGGAGGACUUCGAUGAUGAGGACCUGCCCGGGACGGACUGGUCUGUCCGCUCGGCGUCCGGAGCCUCCGAUGUGGCAGCUGUCGUGUCCUCCUGCUCUCUGCGGGCCCCCACUGCUGCUCACACAGAGCCGGAGGGGAAGCACCUCCAGCGAAGUGCUCAGAGAUCAACUGCCCCGUUUAAUGGCACCGCCUCAAGCAGCAGCAGCAGCAGCACGCACACUAAUGCUGCUGCUGCUGGACAAACUGUUGUUGUGGGUUUGAGAGAGCUCUCCACCUCUUCUUCCUCCUCGUCCUCACAGCUUCACUCCCUCCGUCCUCCCACACAGAACAACACACUUUUGGCACAACAGCCGAAGCCCUGUGCGGCCCAGGAUGAUUUCGAUGAUUGGGAUGUUGACCUGGCAGACCUGGACGAGUGUGACGGCCAGAUGGGUCAGCCGCCCCAACCUCCCGCCCCCUCUCCAUCUGUGGCCAGAGCCGAGCCGGCAUCUUCAGCCAAGACGCUUCGAGCCCUGACCUGUGGAGGGUUACAGACGCUGCCCGAUCGGACGCUCAGGGAGGUCAACACCGCACGCCAACCAUGUAGCUCGUCUAAUCACAACCCGCCCUCCCAGAUCCUCUCGUCUACUCACAUGCGAUCUCCGCUUCCCCGCCCUGCUUUCCUGCCUCCGCACAGUCCGGGGUUUUUUUCCGGCCUCACUGCCACUUCUCCUGCACCGAGCCCCAUUUCCAGGACACUAAUCCGAGCCCAGCCGCCGCAGAGGCUAUGGUCAACUCCAGGAGCCUCCCCUCAGGCCCGUGGCUUCUUCGAGACAGUCUCCCCAGCCCCCUCCUCCUCUAUGAACUCCAGCAUGCUCAGCCCUCAUCCCCUUCGCACGCCGCUCCUCACCAACCGGCUGGUCCAGCUUGUAUCCGCUUCCAACAGGCUUCCUUCAAAAAGGCCUCACUCGGAGCCUCACAGGACGAGGACCCGGCGGUUCCCCGGGCCCGCUGGAUUCCUGCCACAACAGACACAAGGGCAGAGCCUGGACGAUGUAGUGGUUUCUGUCCCUCACACCCCUGCUCACGGUGCUGUGGCACGGUCACCAAACCAGGUUUCCAGCUCCCAAACGGAGGAGGACGAGUUCAGUGGCGGGGCCUGGGCAGCGAUGAAGGCAGAGAUGGGAUUGGAUGAGCGGAACCCGUCGUGCUUCCUGCAGACCUACAGUGUGGUCAUGGUGCUUCGGAAGGCUGCGCUGAAGCAGCUGGCAAAAAACAAAGUGCCUAACAUGGCCGUGCUUCUGAAGAGCAUCGUCCACACGAACACCGACGCCAAGGCCGUGUUCAAGGACCCCACAGGGGAGAUUCAGGGAACUGUGCACCGGCGUCUUCUGGAGGAAAGAGCGGAGGAGCUGAAGGUCGGAGCCGUGCUGCUGCUCAAACAAGUUGGUGUGUUUUCCCCGUCCCAUCGGAACCAUUACCUGAACGUGACACAGAACAACCUGCUGAGGAUCUACACCUCUGAUGGAGUCAGUCUGUCCUCCACUCAGCUCCCCCAACUCGUCCUGGAGCCAGUGUUGCAGUCAACCGCUCAGCCUCCCACCAUCCGCCGGGAGCCAGUGUCUCAGAUGCAUCUGGUGUUUGACGAGGAAGAAGACGAGGGACAAGAGGGUGGAAGAUGCACAGAGGGAGGCAAAGACCCUCAAGCCCCAACAGACGGCAGACUCUGCUCCAGUGGAGGCCCCCAACAGCCUGCUGGGAAUCCAGCACCACAGAACCCAGACUGGGAUGCAGAUGAUGACUUGGACGAGCUCCUGGGAGAGUUGCCUGAGGACACCUACAGCCUCUGAUGUAACUUUACAUCAGCAAAUGACUGUCUCCACCGACUCGAGCUCUUUCAGGACAGACAGAUUGUGAACCUUUUCUUUUCCUGACAUCGCUUCUUGAGAAUCAGAGAUGCCUGACGGCUGAAGAGCCAGAGACAGAGUGUACUACCGUGUUCAGCACCGAGUUAAAAAAACAAAACAACAGAGUAUCGUCCUCAGUUAAUUUGUUGUCACAAUCUCAUUGUUCUGCAUCAGUGAUGAUUGAUGUGUUAUAAGAAGCAGUCACUCGAAGCCAACACGUGUGUUAAUUAAUCACAAAGCUCCAGAAAUCCACCCAGUUUGAGUUCAGCUCCACUUCUCACAUUCUCAUAAAGACUGUAAUUAUAA